GUGAGAAAGGGGGUCUAUGUUGGCGACAUUUGGAGCGACGGUCCAUCUCAUGGCUGAUAUACAGGUAGCAUACCGAGUCUGCUUGGUCUUUCAUGUACAAGUGUGACCAGGUUUGUUAGACUGACUGUGAACUCGGGCUAAAGUCAGCCGGUCACGCAUGAACAGGAAUUGAUCCCAGUAUCUCGCACUUCACCCAACCAUCUUGAACUCACAACUGAAGCCUCUCAGUCAACACAUUAUCCACUCAGUCUUCCUGACCUUUGCCUCCCCGAAGUAGAAGAAAGACUAAGUUUUGCAUGGAAGUCACCUCUCCUGCUUAUAAGUAACCUCAGCUUUGGGAGAUCACCGCUUUGGCUUGUCGUGAAGGGUCUCAUUGCUUCGUCAGUGUUCUGAAUCCCUCAGAAACCUAUUGACAACCCUUUUCUUCUUCUCGAAGGCCUACAAUGUCAACCUCUGGUCCUUGUACUGGAUUUCCGGCUCCUGGCCUGCGCAACCCUAACCGGUACCUCACCGGACACGACAGCAAGGGAAACUCAAUCUUCGUUCAAACCGAUCAUGGCUAUCACGGCGCCCCAAUGCUAGGUGGCGCUGCUGCCCAGACCAUCAUGUACAGCAGCGACCGCAAUCCAAUCGAGCUCACAGAAGACGUCGAUCUGGAGUAUAUCAAGAAACAGCCAUCCCUCCAUAUCCCCAACGGUUGCGUCGUCCGAAUGAUCGAUUUUGCUCCCGGUACUGAGUCAUCUCUCCACCGUGCUCUUACUCUAGGCAUUGGAACCGUAUGUGAGGGUGAGAUCGAGCUGUGGCUGGGUGGUGAAGAUAAGAAGAUCCUUCGUCCUGGUGACGUCUCCAUUAACCGCGGUGCCAUGCAUCGCUGGCGAAACACCUCUAGCGAGAAGCCAGCCCGUAUGCUUUUUGUCAUGCUGGAUGUCAAGCCUAUUAUUGUCAAUGGGAAGGCGCUUGAGUUCGAAAUGGGCACGCUCAUGGAUGAGUAUGCCAAGUAUAAGGACAAUGAGGGCCCAAACAAAAAGGCUUAAUGUCCUUUUACACACAACAUUCCUUCUUAGGUCAGCUAGCCGGUAGUAAUCAGAUCCAGCUUUUUGGUUUAGUAUACCGCAUUCUAUUUGUUGCUCCAUAAGAAUUCAAAUUGGCAUCUCAAAUUUGCUAUCUAAAGAC